CUGCCCGAGAUGGUCACGAUCUCCGCGAAGAAGGGGAACAAGCUGCGCGUGAUUGCGGAUGCGUGGCAUUUGGAGGAUAAUUGCCACUACGAAUGGGAGAUCGCGUUCGCGCCGUACGACGUGGACAUGAGCUCCGUGAAGGCCAAAUUUGAGCCCGGCGGGCGGCUGCUGAUCACGGUAGCGCGGCGUUGAGCACGGUGGCGCGGCGCUGAGCGCUGCCACCGGACCUCUCCCUGCCCCUCGCGCUCCCCAGGCUAUGUGUCUCAUGAUACCUCCCAACCUAUCAUUAUUGGCACGCCUAUUAUUGCUGGGACUACGUACGCACACGACAUACCCACCGCACGCCCUCAUGGACUCGAGUCUCGACUCGCCUCCAUACCAAUGGCUUCUCCGCUCCAUUGCACGCCCCCGCCACGCAUGUUAGAAACUGAUCACCCAACCAUCCUAAUGUAUACUUACCGAUACCUACCACUAGCCUAGCGUAUGAUACAUGUUUUAUCGCCUACCUAUUGCGUUAUGUACGCGGGCCCCGCGUCGCCUGCAAAGUACUGUUUUGUUCUGUAAUACUGACGCCGCCGCUUCGUUCGCUUCUCUUCGCGCGGUGUCUAGCGUGCUUCCCUAUGUACAUAGGCCACUUCCUUAUGUCGCAGAAGACACCAGUGCAUGUACUUUAGUCUACUGCCGUGGCGG